AUGGGUAGGAUCCUUUGCUACAAAAAGAAGUCAGAUAAGAGCAUCUUCAACAAGGCAACAUCAAAGCUUGACAACGAAGGCUUCAAGUGUGCUUCAGAUCAAUUCCUUCAAAUCAUGAAGGCUUUGGAACAUCGAGGCAAUAACUUUGGAUGGAACGACCCUGGUGGGCUCUUUUGGGUACUAACACCAGGAAGACAACCUGUCAACUUGCUACAUAGCUAUGGGUCAGUUUCAUUGCCACAAAUCCAACAUAAUGAGCGCAGCUAUUGGGACAGUGGAAACCGCAAGAGUCAAGAUGACAGAAUGCUCUAUGAAUGCAUCAUGAAUUCACUUAAUCGCGAUGCAAAAUCUAAGCUCAACAUCCACUGGGAGACUUUCAACUUGGUCCAAACUUUGUGUCAGGCCCAAAAGGAAGUUUACAUUCAUCAGGAGCUCCGUGGAUAA